ACUUUCGCCAAAACGCAUCCUUUUUUUUUUUUUGCUUAAUCCUCUCUAAUCCCUUGAGUUUCCGAACGGCAAUUUUUUUGAUCAAUACUUCUCUUGUCUUCCACUGUUUUCUCUUCUCCGCUGUACAGUUACUUAGAGGGUUGGCCUGGUAAAGAAACCACAGAGUUAGGCAAUUGGCUGGGCAGCAUCAUCCUUCAUCAUAUGCUAGUAAUUCUUUUCUUAUCACUUUUUUGCCUUCUGGGCCAGUGUCGGUGUAAAGCUGCAUCUCAAAUUCAAAGUCUUCUUUUUUCCCUUUUGUUGCACGCUAAUCUCAAAAACCAUUGCAAAUUUUUCUUCGAUUGGUGGCUAGCAAGGCAAAUAUAUUCAGCUAAGCAGCUUAAAAAGGGCAAGAGGACGGGAGAAGUUUUGCCGGCUGAGAGGUUGCUGAGAUAAAACUGAGGUGGUAAAGGAUGAGGGAGCAAGUGCAGAGCAUGCUGAACGGAUCAGGGCAGUAUAGGCAUUCCGCUGAGAAGAUCGGGCUUCCAAGACUGCUAGCUAAGAACACUGUAGCCAGAUCGUCUCUGGCGAUAUUUUUCUUGAUUCUUCUGUGCAUCGGAGCCUUCUUCUCGACGCGUUUCCUGGAUUCGUCUGCUACUUCACUCUCUGUAAAUUCCCCAAAGAAAUCAAGUUUUGCCACCAUCCCCGUAAACCCCAAAAACCAUAGACAUAAACUUGAAAUCCCGCUGAAUUGUUCACUGGGUGACGCUACCCGGACGUGCCCGCCCAAUUACUACCCAUCAAAAUUUUCAAAACCAAACCCUUACCCCUCUUCAACCACAACACAGCUGACGUGUCCGGACUACUUCCGUUGGAUCCAUGAAGAUCUAUGGCCCUGGAGGGAGACUGGGAUUACAAGAGCCAUGGUGAAGACGGCUUCCAAGACGGCCAAUUUUCGACUGGUAAUACUCAACGGAACAGCUUAUGUGGAGACCUAUCAAAAAGCAUUUCAAAGUAGAGACACUUUUACUCUAUGGGGGAUUUUACAGCUGCUAAGAAGGUACCCGGGUCAAGUUCCUGACUUGGAUCUCAUGUUUGACUGCGUUGACUGGCCAGUUAUCAAGAAAGAUACUUACCAUGGGCCCAAUGCUACGGCUCCGCCCCCUUUGUUUCGCUAUUGCGGGGAUGAUACCACAUUGGACAUUGUUUUUCCAGAUUGGUCAUUCUGGGGUUGGCCUGAAAUCAAUGUAAAGCCUUGGGAGGCUUUGUCCAAGGAUCUUAAACGAGGGAAUGAAAGGAGUAGAUGGGUGGAUAGGGAACCGUAUGCUUAUUGGAAGGGCAACCCCCAUGUUGCAGAAACCAGGAUGGACUUGCUCAAGUGUAAUGCUUCAGACAAACAGGACUGGGGUGCUCGUGUUUAUGCUCAGGACUGGAUUCAGGAACAGCAACAAGGUUACAAACAGUCCGACUUGGCAAGCCAAUGCAUCCACAAAUAUAAAAUCUAUAUUGAAGGAUCUGCAUGGUCUGUCAGUGAGAAGUACAUUUUGGCCUGUGAUUCUGUAACUUUAGUAGUGAAGCCUCGAUACUAUGAUUUCUUUACAAGAGGUUUGAUGCCUUUACAACACUACUGGCCCAUAAGGGAUGAUGGCAAGUGUCGAUCUAUAAAGUAUGCUGUUGACUGGGGAAGUAGCAAUGAGGAGAAGGCGCAGACCAUUGGUAAAGCUGCAAGUAAGUUUGUUCAAGAUGAGCUGAAAAUGGAUUUUGUCUACGAUUACAUGUUUCAUCUAUUGAAUGGGUACGCAAAGCUUCUCAAAUACAAGCCUAGUGUUCCUCCAAAAGCUAUUGAACUUUGUUCAGAAUUGAUGGCUUGCCCUGCAAAGGGAUUUGAGAAGAAGUUCAUGAUGGAUUCCACAGUUAGAGGCCCCAGCAGCGAAACUCCUUGCGUCAUACCGCCUCCUUAUGACCCUGCAACGUUUCAUUCUAUAAUUGACAGAAAACAAAGAUCAAUAAAGCAGGCAGAGACAUGGGAACAACAGUACUGGGAUCAUAGAAGCAAGCGUGAUUAGGGUUUAGAGCAAGUUUUCUUUGCAUCCUGUUUAUAUAUAAAAAUGUUCAUUAGCAUAGAAAAUGGUGCACAUUCAGGUUUUUAGUCAAAAGAUAUACAUCCCGAAACCAACCGAGCAGAUGUCUUUGUUCAAUCAUUGCAGCAGCAAGUGUAUAUUUUACAGUUUAUAGAGAGUAUUUGGAGCAUGCAGGCCGAAUUGAAGUUCCAUUAAAUAGCAGACGAACGUGAAGUUUGACUGUGGGAUGCGAUGUCAGUCACAGACGAUAACAGAUAACAGGGGAGGGCUUCGCACGCUUGAGCAAUGCUGUGUCAGACAGACGGA